AUGCAUAAAGUGUUUGCAGACAGUGAAAAUUUUGGUACAUUUCAUUGUCUCUGUGUGUGUGUGUGUUUGUGCGUGUUUUGUUCUUCAGGUCUGGAUCGGUUCUGCAGAUUUGAUCAAUCAGAUCCCUGUUACGCAGCUCUGGGACACAAACUCAAUCUGCUGAUGGCGCGGGACACUAGUGAAUAUGAACUGAGGUUACAUAAGAGGAUAUACAACACUCAUGAUGAUCCAGUUUGUAGAGUAAAAUAUGGCAGGAUGAGGGAAUGUGAUCUUUACAAUAACAGACCUGAAGUGACAGUCAUUAAUGGGACUAUGAUAAUAAACCGUGUGAUCAGAGCAGAUUCAGGGAAUUACAGAUUAAGACUCACUAACUCAGAUGGCACAGAAACAUCUAGAGAUCUUCAAGUGAUUGUUGAAGCUCCUAUUGGCUCAGUGGAAGUGUCAAUCAUCUGCUCCUCCAGUGGGGUGAUGAGGGUGUCCUGCUCCUCUGAGGGGGAUCCGCUCCUCUACAGCUGGACUCUGAAUGGAGAUCCACUGAUGGAUGGAAACAGCAGCAUUGAUCUGGAUGAGGGAACUGAUGGAGACAUCAGCUGCAGCGUGAAGAACCACGUCAGUCACACACAGAAGACCAUUAGAGUCAAACCCUGUCCUG